CAGAACCACUACGGUGGGAUUGACUAUAAAAUCAGUGUGUCGGAAGUGAGUGAAAGUAAAAUCUCUUGCACAGCUCUCAGGAACAAGUGGACUCCAAAUAGCAGGAUGUGGAUACUCGCAAUAGUAUUGUUCAGCGUUGUAGUAGCGCUCUUGUCGUACAUGGACAUGAGAAAACCAAAAAACUAUCCACCAGGUCCAAAGUGGUUACCGAUUUUGGGAAGUGCUUUAACCGUUAGUUCGCUUCGGAAACAAACCGGAUACUUGUACCGUGCUACUAUUUGUCUGGCGGAAUCGUACGGUCCAAUUGUUGGUUUGAAAGUAGGAAAAGACAGACAAGUAGUGUGUUGUGGUUACAACGCGAUCAAAGAAAUGUUGACCAAAGAAGAGUUUGAUGGUCGACCACAAGGACCGUUCUAUGAGACGAGAACAUGGGGCACACGGAGGGGUCUUUUGCUGACAGAUGAAGAAUUCUGGGUGGAACAAAGACGGUUCGUGUUGCGCCAUUUAAGAGAAUUCGGUUUUGGUAAAAGAACAAUGGCCGAACUUGUACAAGAAGAAGCAGUCCAGUUGGUGGAAGAUUUCAAGGAAAAAAUCAAGAAGUCUAAAGACGGCAAAGGAGAAAUAAUGGAGAUGAGAGACGCUUUCAGCGUAGGUGUGUUGAACACGCUGUGGUCAAUGAUGGCAAGCAAGAGAUACAACUCGGAAGAUAAAGAAUUAAAGGAUUUACAAGCAUUGUUAACCGAACUGUUCGCCAACAUCGACAUGGUAGGUGCUCUGUUUAGUCAAUUUCCGUUUUUACGGUACAUCGCUCCCGAAGCGUCUGGGUACAAAACGUUCGUAAACAUACAUCAACAAGUGUGGAAGUUCCUCAGAGCCGAACUUGACAGUCAUAAAGAUACGUUUAUUUUAAACCAACCCAGAGAUCUGAUGGACGUGUAUUUACAAAUGCUGCAUUCUGAUGAUAAAAAAGAAAGUUAUUCGGAGUCCCAGCUUUUAGCGAUCUGUAUGGACAUGUUUAUGGCUGGAUCCGAGACUACGAGUAAAUCGUUGGGAUUCGGUUUUCUGUACCUUCUUCUGAAUCCAGAAGUCCAGAAGAAGGCUCAAGAAGAAAUCGAUAGAGUUGUAGGUCGAGAUAGACUGCCCACGUUAAAUGACAGGCCCAACAUGCCCUAUUUAGAAGCCCUCGUAUUGGAGUCGGUCAGAGUUUUCAUGGGAAGAACUUUUAGCAUACCGCACAGGGCACUCAAAGAUACAACAUUGCAGGGUUAUCAUAUUCCUAAAGACACAAUGGUGAUCGCAAAUUUCGCCGCUUUGCUCAACGACGACGAUGUUUGGGAUCACCCAGACAGAUUUUGUCCAGAUAGAUUCAUCGGCUGUGACGGCAAACUAAUUGUUCCGGACGAAUACUUGCCAUUCGGAUACGGAAAACAUCGUUGCAUGGGACAAACUCUCGCUAGGUCAAACAUAUUUUUGUUUUCCGCCUGCCUGUUACAAAACUUUGAUUUCUCAGUACCCGCUGGACAAGCACCGCCCAGCACUCUAGGCGUUGACGGAGUGACGCCUUCGCCCGGAGAGUUCAGCGCUUACGUCAGUCUGCGUUCGUGAUAGUGCUUUUAAGUAUUUAAGAUAUUCAAAUUCUCAUCUACUUAUUUUGAUAUUUGAUUCCAAGUAUGAUUUAAAUACUUUACUUACCUUUUUCAUAGUUUUACUGUGAAGUACUUUUAUAGUAAUAUAUUUAUAAUGUUCACACCGUCUUGUGUAGUUAAAUGUUAACGUUUGCUAUUAUGUACGCGUUUGAACGACUGAAUGAUUGUACAAAAUUUUUAUGUGCAUUUUAUAGACAAAUUCGAUCAAAUAUAUUUUGUGCAAAUGAUAUCCUUGUAA